CACUUUAUAAAUGCAUACAUAUAUAAAUGCUAAAUUGCAAAAUCAUUAAUUAAUUUACAUAAACAUUUAUUUUGCCAAAAUAUGUUCGCACAGUUUCAUUUCACAUUAAUUUCUUCAAGUAAUUAUAGCGCUGCUCUUCUGGCAACCCGCCUUUUUGACUAACUGCUGAUUGGCGUCACCCUGAUUGUGUUUUGUUGCCAGCUCAAAAAACAGAUCAGGGUGCAAUGCCAGCUGACAAGCGAGAGAGCAAGAAAAGAGAUUCUGAUCAAUUUAUCUAUGUUAUCUAUGCUCAAAACUAAACUGAUGUUUGACGUGUUAAUUUGAACGUUUGCGGACAACACACGAUUGAACAUCACUAACGCAUAUGCACUGUUUGACGCAAUUAUUUGAUCGUCUCCAGGGCACUUCAAUCUAAUCUUUUAAAUUUUCGGUCUGAAAAUGGUAUUAGGUUAGUACGUGAGACGCAGUCGUGCGAGCAGGAUGUGUAGGCCUGAUCGGUCUGUGACACCGAUGCGGGUAUACGAUCAACUUUUUACGCAAGUCAUAUAUUUUUAUUAUGAGUAAUUAUGUGAUAUUUAUUUGAUAAUGUAUUUUUUUGAAUUGCAUCGGAAAAGACGGGCGUACGCUGUGGAAUAAAUAUGAGAAAUCUCGUGACACAACUUCCAGGUCCUAAAGGUUAAGCUAGAAACACGAAAGAGCAUUUUUUUUUAAAGGAAUUCAAUGGUGCCAGUAGCUGUGAAGCAUUGGGAAUCCAUUUGCAGCAGUAAUUGAUCACUCCCAGAAGCCUACGGAGAUCGGUGAAGUCUCAGGCUUGGGAAAUGACAGGAUCGUAUCCGCGCGGAUAGCUGGAGGUUUGUCCAUCCAUUAGAGGUGGAGAAACAUCGAUGCGAACAUCGAUGGCAUCGAUGUUUUCGAAACAUCGGCAACAUCGAUGCAUAGCUGGGCAAAAUCGAUGUUUUUCCAUCUCUAAGGCACAUAGAGGAAGACAGUCGAAUUGUAAGUACAUAUCAGUGAUCUGCAGUGAAUACUUGGCUUAUGAAUACACUCUCAUAUUCAUGAAUCACCCCCAAUAUUCACUCACACUUGCUCUCACUAAAAAUAUUAUCUUCUCACAAUCACAUGGCUUGCUUGUGUAAUAAUGAGUGUGAAUAUGUCUCACAAUCACUUAUCGCUCACACUUGGCUUGGCUUGCUUCUCUGCAUACAAUUGUUUGAGCUAUUCGUUGCUUACCAUUAGAUGAGUUGAAAGGCUCAUGAAUACAUUCACUAAUAAGUGGCUCAUUAUUUAUUCAUGAAUACAUUCACAAAUUCCUUGCCUAUUCAAAAUAUAUUUUAUACCUACACGGAGGGGUUUUAAAAGGAACGAAACGCGCGAUUGUAGUGACUACAAAACUGAAACUUCUUUGUUUAUUAUCCUUUUAGUCAAUUAUUUUCUUAAGCUUUAUCUUACAUUCUAGAAAUUGGAGAGCUUAGGUAGAUGAGUCCCUGAAGUUUAUACCUACGCGGAGGGGUUUUAAAAGGAACGAAACGCGUGAUUGUAGUGACUACUAAACUGAAACUUCUUUGUUUAUUAUCCUUUUAUUCAAUUAUUUCUUAAACCCUUGCAUCUUUAUCUUACAUUCUAGAAAGUGAAGAGCUUAGGUAGAUGAGUCCCUGAAGUUUAUACCUACACGGAGGGGUUUUAAAAGGAACGAGUGAGUCUAGUGACUUCGUAGAAACUACAAAACUGAAACUUCUUUGUUUCUUAUUCUUUUAUUCAGUUUUCUUUUAAAAUAGAACAAUAAAUCACAUUAAAACAUAGUAAAAUUACUAAGAGAUACUAUACAUAUAUACAAGAAAUGUGGGUGGGUUUUGUGUCAAUAUGUUUUGUACUUCUUUCAAUUUUUCGAUUAAAAACGAUAUGCGGAGCAGUUCAUACAGACAUUCCAACAAUAGUCAGCUUUAAACGUAACAUAUUAACAUAUAUCGACAGUAUAUGGCUUGCUAAUUUAAGCAUUUACCACAAAGUAGCACUAUUUUCAUAUCCUCCCGCAAAAGCUAUGAGAGAUGUCGAUAUUGAAGCUGUGAAGCAUUUCUGCAUUGAGGAGAUAUCAGGCAAUAUUGAGUUUUACACUUCCGAACACAAUGAGACCCCACAAAUUCCAUAUUCACCAAUUACUUCAACAUCAAAUGCGUCUUCACCUGCAAAUGACCUGAACUUCUUUUUUACAAAUAUUUCAAACAUGAGCGCGCAGGCACGUAUCGAAGAUGAGAUGGAUAGAUAUUUUACAGAAAGAAUACAAUUUGAUAAUGACUUUGACGCAAUUCAAUGGUGGAAGCAACAUAAAGCUAACUUUCCACGCAUAUCAAAAUUUGCACUUAAAAUAUUAACUAUACCUGCAAGUAGUGCGGCGUCUGAACGUGUAUUUUCCUUGGCAGGCAAUUUAAUAACUGAUAAAAGAAAUCGACUUGCACCCAAAACCGUAGAUAAUAUAAUAUUCCUGAAUUCUAUAUUUAAGACUAACUAAUAUGGCAAGAAGACCUUAGAAACUUAAAAAACAAAAAUAUACAAUGAUAUUGAAAAGUAAUUUUGUGCAAUACCUCAAUCUUAAUAUAUAUUUAGAAGCUAUACUUAUAAUAUAUACUUGUAUCUUUGGAGUUGAAUCUUAUGUAUGUACAUAAAUCUUGAAGUAAAUUUUAUGCUUAUUAUUUUUAUUUUUUACCGAAAUUAACUGAAGUUUGCUAUUUAGUUUUUUGAUAAUAAUUCAUGUAAUUUUUAUACCAUUAAACUGACGUGAUUUUUAUUUUUAAUUUUAAUUCCAUUGAAAGGAACUAAAUUAUCAUUUUAUAAAAUAAAAUGUAAUAUUAUAAGUGAUAACAUAUUAAUGUAUGUAAGUAUGUAUAUUUGAUUUUUUUAAUAAUAGAGAAAAUUAACACAAAAUAUGAAAAUCCAGUUUUUUAUUUCAUUAUAUCUAGUCAUUAUUUGAACCAGUUACAAAAUCCUUGUUGUUAUACAAUAAUAUAAUAAUAACUCUUACUAAUUUCAUAAUGGAUUUCUUAGCCUUUGGUUCAUAGCGUUACGGCUCAAGUGGCUCAAGUGGCUUGCGCACAAUUGAGCUUCUUCGUAUAUUCACAAGUGUUUUGUAUUCAUGAAUAUCAGAGAGUCCUAAGCAAAGAUUCAUAGGUAUUGUGAGCUCAUAAGCAAACACUUGUGAAUAUAUGCUUCAUACAAGCUAAGCAGCUCACAAGCCAAAACUCUCUCUCUCAUAAUUGUAAGUGAGUAGUAUUCACACUUACACUCAUUCCGUGAAUAAUUUGCUUGCUUCAUACUCAAUUUUUCGCAAGUGGCUCAAAGUUGUGUUUAACUCAUUCACUGCAGAUCACUGGCACAUAUAUCAUUUAAUCUCAUUAUUAACAGAAUAUUGUUAUUUUAAGCUUAGUACGCAGCUCUCAAGAAAUGUAAAAACUUCACAUAAAAAAAGCUUAAGAAACGGUCCAGAAACGUUCCUGCGAUAAACUUACUUGUGCUAGUACGCAGCUCUCAAGAAAUCUAGUACUAAUUAUUAAUACUUUUUUUCAAUAAAAUGUGAAUAUGGCAAACCUGGUUUUGCGAAGAAACAUCAAAUCAACAAUUGUUUCUUGAGGGAAAUUCGAAGUAAUCGUCAAAUUCAUCCUAAAUUAGUUGAAAUCAUUAUUAUAAAGUAUAUUCCAUUUUGAAAUGUUGUAUAAAACCAACCAAUCAUCAACAACAUUCCUUAAAUCUCAAUGAAAAUAUUUGUGUUACCAUACACAUACAUACAUACAUGCAUACGCACAAAGUUUGUUUACUUUGUUUAUUCUCUCUUGCUCUUCUAAUGUGGAUCAUUCACAAUGCGUAACCAGCUGUCAACAUUACUUGAGAAAUAAUGUAUUUUUGUUCUUGAGCAUUUACUUGAGAGCUGCGUACCAACCUUUAGUUAUACUUGUUGGUGGUGUUGGCGUGAAUGUGGUGGUACUUAAACAUGGACAGGUUUAUGAAAAGAACAGUAAGCGAACAGCCAAAGCCUGAUGAGGAUCAAAAGAAGAGGAGGCGUGAUGUUUCUAUAGCUUGGGAUCAUUUUAAAAGAAACAGCGAAAAAACGCAUGGGAUAUGCAAUUACUGUGGUAAGCCAAUAAAGACGUGUGGAAACACAACAAAUCUAAUGGACCACUUAAAGCACGUUCAUGCUGAUCGGCUUAAAGUUGGGGGAACUGCACAGAAACCAAACAUCUUAGAAAAGUUUGUUGGAAAAUCGGUUUCCUUUUAUGAAAAUGACUCGAAACGAAAACGUCUCCUAGACAGUAAGGUCAUGAACAUGAUUGCUGUCGAUGUUCAACCUUUUUCUUGUGUGGAGGACGACGGAUUUAAAGAGCUCAUGAAAGAAAUGGACCCUCGCUACAGGUUACCUAGUAGGUCACACCUGCGCGACGUAGUGCUUCCAUCUCAAUAUGAGUCUCUUAAGAAUAAACUCCAGUCUGUACUUAACGAUAUUGAUUUUGUGGCCAUAACGACUGACUUGUGGACAUCCAAAGCAAACGAAGGUUACAUUACAGUUACGUGCCAUUUUGUUUUAAAUAGUUUUACGUUGGAGUCAGCAAUUUUAGCAACAAGGCAACUUCUUGACACUACCAAUCACAAUGCUAUUAAUAUUCCUGAAACACUAAAAGACGUGCUUGAUGAUUGGGGUGUCGCGAAUGAGGUUGUUUGUGUUGUGACUGACAAUGAUGCGACGAUGCUAAAAGCAUGUGAGUUGCUUGAGUAUAAGCACUUGCCUUGUGUAGCGCACACAAUCAACCUUAUUGUGCAAGAUGUUCUAAAAUUGUCCGAUUUCGACGUAAUUCUUACAAAAUGUAAGUCGGUAGUUGGCUUUUUUAAGAGAAGCCAGAUCGCAUAUUCGAAAUUUAAGGAAGCUCAGGGGGACAGUCCGCAUUCUCUUCUGCAAGAAAUGCCAACUCGAUGGAAUAGCGCAUACGAAAUGAUUAAGCGCAUACUGAAGACAAACGAAUUUAUUACAUUAGCUUUGGUAUCUUCUCGUGGCGCUCCAUUGCCGUUUUCAGCAGCAGAAGUGGAUAUUUUAAAUGAUAUUUCCGAGUUGCUAUCCCCCUUCGAAGAGGCGACGCUUUCUGUAUCUACAAACACAAAAGUAUCGGCGUCCAUAAUUAUCCCUGUCAUAUGCGAACUGAAUCAUAAAAUAAACAAUAUUAAAGACAACACAGAAAAAGGCAAAAACAUAUAGACCAUCAAGUUUAGGUUUACCAAGAGGCUCGCAAGCUAUGAAACACGCACAACACCACGAAUUGCUACUAUACUAGAUCCCCGCUUUAAGAAACACGGAUUUUUUAAUCCCUUUAAUGCGGAAGAAGGUGUCAAAGCUGUGCAGCAUGAACUGUUUACACAACUACCUGCAAACCCACUACAUCCGCCAACAUCACCAACACAGGAACCAAGCCCAUUUUCAUUUCUACAAGUCAAAAGCCAAAACAAGGUGCACUCUUCCUGGGCAGAUGCCAUUAUCCUGAUGAGACAGCAUUUUGAAAAGGAGAACCAGCCGGAAAAAUGUGACCCUCUUGUGUACUGGCAGAUUACUACAGAUGGCGACGCGUUUAAAACGUUAGCUAAAAAAUAUCGACCGUUGUCGAUAAGCUCCUCUUCUUAAACAAAAACAAACAUGUAAAUAAUAUGUAAUAUAUGUAUAUAGUAGAGUUCGGGAUAGUAAGUAAGGAUAGUAAAGUAGGGAUAGUAAGUAAGGAUGGUAAAAUAAGCAAUAAUAUAGUAGGGAUAGCACAAUAUCCUAAAGAACUAAUAUUUUCUUUGGACCAUGUAUAUAUUGAAACAUUGAUAUUAAAUUUGUUUUUGUUUUUAGUUUUUAUUUACAAGCUAAGGAUAGGACAAUAUACUAAAGAAG